UCGCGCGCGCUUCACGCCGAUCAAGUCGAGGAUUCUCGUGGAAUCGCGCAGGGGAUCAAGAGAGAGGGAGAGAGAGAGAGAGAAAGAACGGAAGGUGGAUCGAGCAGUCGAUCUUCGCGGGCGGGGUCGGAUCCAUCGCCGGCCGGGUCGAUCGACGCACCGCCGCGAGACGUCCAAGACAAGAUAGCGAAAUGGGGACAAUAUUUUUAAUCAGCUUUUACCUCGGCCUAGCGACCGGCCACUUUCGUGGACCCCAUCAUCCAAAGAGCAGCGUGUCCCAUCAUCAUCACGCACCGCAGAACGACGUGAAAUUGACGCAGGACGCCGAACUCCUUCACGAUGCAACACAUCUGAAGGAAGAUAUGGGUUCCAUGGCCGAUCAACUCGAUUUUUCGAAAAUGACUGAACAAGAAAUAGAGUUCCACUAUUUUCAGAUUCACGAUGUCGACAAUAAUACAAAGUUAGACGGAUUAGAAAUUCUUCACGCUCUUCAACAUUCUUUGCACGAGAGUUCAGCAUACUCUGACGAGGAAGAUGCGAUGCAAUCGGAUCAAGACUGGAUCGUAGGGCUAAUAGACAAAGUGUUGGAAGAGGAUGAUUUAAACAACGACGGAUAUUUAGAAUAUGUCGAGUAUGUAUUGGGAAGACAGAGGGAUCAUGUCACACAAGAAAAACGCAACAAGCUCAGAAUCGGAACGUGAAGAUUUUAGAUUUGAACACGGACUUGAAUCACAGGUGGUGGUUUUUAAUUAUAUACCAAUAUCUUGUGACGUAAAAUUGAAUUUAAAAGCGAUGAAAAAAUGAUUUAAAAAAAAAUAAAAGAAAUCCUAGAGCGAAAAACUAUUCAAAAAGUAUUAACAAAAAAUAUUUGAACAGAUAAUGAAAAACAGAAAGUAAAAAACGGUUUACUAUAAAAUUGCAAUCAAAUAAUACAAGUAAUGAUAUGAAUAAAGAAUGUAUAUCGUAUAACCUUUAUGUCGUAAAAUUUAAAAAGUUCCAUCUCCUGAAUAUUAUGAUAUAUAAUUAAGAACCAUCAUAUAUACGCAAAGAGAAUAUAAAAUGCAAAAUAUAUUGCAAGAGCUAAUACGAAUUACAAAAUAGGAAUCAACUAUCAAUAUUAUACUACUGAUAUUCAGUAUCAUGACACAGAACUAUUGUACACAAUUUUCUAUGUAAUACACAUAGCUAUUAUCCGUUUCGUGCGAAUGCUGAAUCAAAACUUUAUUUUCGGAGCAAAUAAAUUACCUAUGUAACAUA